CCAUCAAAAGAGACUGACGAUGCUUGGAACCGUCUUGAACGCGGAGUCGCCUCGUGGGCAACUUCACAAGAUCUGGUUGCUGCUGGGAUAGACCCAUCCAAAAGCGUGAAGCUUCCAUUCUCCAUGGGGCACGGAGACGAUGCAUAUCCCAUAGUUGUGGAUGCAAAACAUCAAAUACACUGCUUGAACCGAUUGAGAAAAGAAGUAUACUUUGAGCACUACUACGGAUCAGACUUCGCUGAUACGAACACCACUCGAUUUCACACGCUGCACACCGAUCACUGCAUUCUCGUUUUGCUGAAGUCUCUGAUAUGCAACGCCAAUACGGACUUUGACGCUUUGUCCUGGUUUAUGUACUUUCCUCACUCCAUGGCGGACUUCAAUAUCAAUCGCAAAUGCGGAGACUUCGAGGGCAUCGACCGAUGGGCGAAUGAGAGACAGCUC